GUUCAGGCUUAUUGUACAGUAUAAAGUGUUCAGUGGAUAUGAUUCUCAUUUUGAGAGUUUUUGAAAACAGUACUGUAAGCUAAAAAGCCAGGGCUAAAAGCUAGGAUUUUAUUUUCCAGGAGCAAAAGCGGAAGUGAAAAGCGGUUUCCUCUCUUGAUCUGUCUCUGGGUUUAUAUAGUCUCUGCGUAACCAAGGUAACGCUAGCUUUGUGGAAAAUGGCUCCAGCCUGACAGGAAAACAGUUAACUUGCUAACUAAACGAACCAACGUUAGCGCUAUUAAAAGUUCCACAAAGUUAUUAUUAUGUUAGACGUCUGUAAAUUAUUUUUUAACGCAAGUCAGGACAGUGAAUGUUAAUCAUUGGACUCUUCAAACCACUAUCACUAGCAUGUUUGCUGACGAAGCCGUGGAGUCAGUGGGGGUCCAGUCUGUGUGGAGGACAUCCCAGCAGGCGGCUCAGGACUCGAGAGGCUGCCAGACCAGAGCGGUGCACCGUGCUGAGGCUCAGGUCCAGACCGUCUCGUCUACAACCAGCGGGACCCAGACAGAGCCUCAGUAUCUGGCCAAAGAGCAGCUCCUCCAGCAGAGCCACGAUGACCCGGAUCAGCCCGGCCUGAAGGACUUCCUGCAGCGGGUUGAGGACUCAGUGAUCCGGGAGCUGGGCAGAAACGCCAGGAGUCACGCGUUUGAUGAGUUCCAGGUGAACUGGGAGCUUCACAGUGAUCUGGUUUCAUGUCUCCAUUGUCUCCAACAUCCCAGAGCACUAGAGAGAGCUCUCCAUGUCACCAGUGUGUCCUGGAGUUGUACAGGUGCAGUUAUUGUCUGUGCCUACGGUCGGAUUGACGAUGGAGACUGGAGCACUGAGAUGUCCUGUGUGUGUAUGUGGAACCUGGACCGUCGAGGCCUGAAUCCUAAACAGGCUGAUGGUGUCAUAGACGUUCCCACUGCAGUCACCGCUCUCUGCUGUCACCCCAACCAGCCCACCCUCCUGGCAGGAGGUCUGUACACUGGAGAGGUGGUGGUCUGGGAUAUGGGUCGGACUCAGGACCCUGUACUGGUUCAGACUGGGCUGUCAGCAGAUAGCCACAGGGAGCCUGUUUAUCAGGUUGCCUGGGUGCCCCUGCAAAAGAAAGGAGAGUUUGGGGUGCUCAGUGCUUGUUCAGGAGGAAGGGUGCUGCUCUGGGUGAUGGACCCAGACCAGGGAAGGCUUGUCCUGAAUGCUGGCUACGCCUUAAUACGACAACAGGUUCCACAGAGCAGCAACACCAGCUUCAAGGCCCACGGCAGCACCAGUGUGGGUGUCACCUCCCUGGCUCUGUCUCCCUGGGACUCUGACACCUUCUUGGUGGGUUCUGAGAGCGGCCUGUUGCUCAGAUGCUCCUUCUCCUCCCAGACGCCAGCUGCGGUGCCCUCCCAAGGCCAGAGUGUGACACUCAGAGCCCCGGCGGUCUUCACGUUCAGGCCCUGCAGCGGCCCCCUCCACUCCAUACACUGCUCUCCUUUCCACAGGAAUCUAUUUCUAAGUGCAGGGACUGAUGGUCUGGCCCAUCUCCACUCUCUGCUGCAGGCCACCCCACUGCUCUCUAUCAGGGUGUCAGACUCCUAUGCCUUUCAGGUGCAGUGGUCUCCCACCAGACCACUAGUUUUUGCAGCAGCCACCGGGCAAGGUGAGGUGCAGAUAUUCGACCUGGGCCGCAAGUCCCUGAGGCCAGCAGCCACCAUCCAGCACGGAGGGGCGGAGCAUGCUACAUCCUGUUUGGCCUUCAACUGUCAGAACCCUCACCUGUUGGCAGUGGGGAAAACAGAUGGGACGGUCUGUGUUUGGCAGCUGAGCCAGGAUUUGAUGGAGCAGAGACCCAGAGAGAGCAGCCAGCUGGAGCACAUAGCCAAUCAGGUGGCAGAAUGAGACAUUCUGAUCUGGGACAGUCAAGACUGCUGAGCACAACUGAACUGUGGUUUUUCUUCUUGUAUAAAAAAGAAGAUAAAAUCCUGAAGACUAACAAUAAAUUGUGGAAGUGAAAUAAACACAAGAGAUGGUG